GUUGUAGUGGUUUUGGGAACUCAGACCGUCACAUCAGCAACGUGUCUCUGGAUGUACUGCCUGUGAAGGGUCCUCAAGGCCCCGCGUUACCCAGGACAGAGCCCUCUGGGACAGGGACAGAGCCCUCUGGGACAGAACCAGGGGACCACAGGGACUCCUGGAGCCUCCAGCCUGAACAGCUGGUCCUCACCUCUCCCACUAUCAACGGAGCCUCCAACACCAGACAUGUCCUGAUCCAGAACCACUCAUCAUCCAGAGAGCUGAGCUUUGAGUUGUCCUGGCCAGCCCACUGUCUCACUGUUACCCCUCAACAUGGAGUUAUAGAACCACGGUGCCACCUCCAGAUCCUCAUCAGUCCUAAUCCGUCCCUAGCAACCAGGACAUCCAUGUUUCCAUGGAGCGGCCAAAUCUAUGUCCAGUGUGACAAUCAACAGAAGUUCAUCAAAGUCCAGAUCCGUCAGGACCUGGCUCUGGAUGUAUCAACGGCCCCAGCAGACCGGAGCCUAGCCCCCCUUCCUCCUCAGACUGCUAGCCCCAUGCCCACCUCCAUGCUGCCCCCUGCAGGCCAACCCCCCCUGACCAGGACCGCUCCAGCCACGGUAGAGAUCAGUAACCGUACCAUCGUGUUUCCUGCCACGCCCUCAGGAGAAACCUCAGAGUCCUCUGUGGAGGUGGAGAACAGAGGAGAGCAGGUGAGGUGGUACCUGUCUUCCUUCGCCCCUCCCUAUGUAAAGGGGGUGGACAGCAGUGGGGAUGUGUACCGGGCCACCUACACAGCCUUCAGAUGUCCCCGAGUCUCUGGAACCCUGGGAGCAUACCACAAGAUGCAGGUGCCCAUCACCUUCCUGCCCAGGGACCGAGGGGACUAUGCUCAGUUCUGGGACCUGGAGUGUCACCCAGUGGCUGAGCCUCAGCACAAGACCAGGAUACGCUUCCAGCUCUGUGGCAUUGGUGUGAAGGUUGGUCCAGCGGUGGCUCCUCAGGAAGCAGACUGUUCUCUGGUGAAGACUGAAGCCUUUAAGACCAGGAGAAGACCUGACCCGGUUGCUGAUGGGGGCAUGACUGGUCAGGAGGAGGCUCUGUGUAGGGGGGUAUACGCCCCCCAGGACCACUACUCAUUCCCCCCUACCAGGGUAGGGAGACCAGCACACUGAAGGUCAACAUGAGAAACAACUCCUUGGAAACACAUGCGCUGAUGUUCCUAACCCCUAAAGAGCCCUUCCACAUCAAGCAUUCCAAAUAUUCCCUAAGGUGAGUCCACGCCGCUUGGUGACUGUCAUUCC